AAGGUAACAUUCUAACCUCACAGAUCCAUAGAAAAAAUACUAAAUAUUGUGAGAAACUCAAAACUCAAUCAAAUCUUGAACAAAAUAAAAUAUAUCAGCAUUAUGUGAAGCGGAAAUUAGUUUUUUAGUUAAUUUUUUAGUUAAUACCGAAAAUGUCAGUUUUCAGGGCUUUAAGUAGGAAUUUGCCCUACAUAAGACAACAAUUUGGAGCUUUGCUGGGAAACACUAGUGCAUCUGUUAAGACAAUAUGUGGAAUAGUUAUAUUCAGUUAUUGUUUAUCUUUCUCGGAUGAUGCAGUUCGAGUAAUUUCAGUAACACCUGGACUCUUAAUGCCCCCAGGCUUUUGGCUCUGGACUGCUUUCACCUUUUGUUUCUUAGAAAUAUAUUUUUGGGAAGUUCUAGUUGAUAUAGUGACAGUGGGUUUGUGCGGUAAACUUAUAGAGCCACUAUGGGGACAAAUGGAAAUGCUUUCUUUCUUUGCAAUCGUCAAUUUUGGAGUAGCAGUUAUAACAACAAUUUUUUAUAUGGUCCUCUUUGCCUUCACUAGCAAUGACGAGUUGCUUUUUGAAGUUCACAUUCAUGGACUUGCUGGUUAUCUUGCAGGCGUAUCUGUGGCUGUGAAACAAAUUAUGCCUGAUUUAGUUAUUGUAAAAACGCCUUUGGGAAAGUUGAGUAACAAAAAUGUACCACUUUCUGUAUUUUUUGUUUCUUUAAUAUGUUGGUUAGUUGGUUUCUUAGAUGGAACUUAUCCAGUCAUGUUUCUGAGCGGAUUAAUUGUGAGUUGGAUAUAUCUUAGGUUUUAUCAGAAGCAUAGCAAUGGAACAAGGGGUGAUAUGGCUGAUUGUUUUACAUUUGCAAGUUUUUUACCCAACGUUAUUCAACCUCCAGUGAUGGUGAUAAGUAACAGUAUUCAUAGCAUUCUUGUAAACAUUGGUUUAUGUCAAAAAGUUGUAAGAAGAUAUGAUAUUGCAAAUCCAACUGGAGUGAUGAUAAUACCUGGAAAUGAUCAACAUGAUGCUGAAAGAAGAAGACAAAUCGCGUUGAAGGCUCUUAGUGAACGUCUUUCCAAAAACCAACAGGAUAAGCAGCCACUUCUACCAAAAAUUACAAAGGAUCUUAAGCCAAAUGCUUUCUUAAAGUCUUCAAGCCAACCACCGGCCUCUUCACAUCAUUCUGCGUCUACUUCAUCUAUUUCUACUCAGCAAAUUGAACCAAGUAAAGAAGAACCCGAAGUUAAUGUGGGAGCAUCAACUUCUUUUACCAUUACAUCCACCACCAUGUAAAUAUUCGAUAUAAUGUAAUUAAUAUCAAUUGGAUUGGUAUAUGGUUAAAGAUCACCGAGUAAUGUGAAGAUACAAUGAACUUAAUUUAUAUUUUGUAAUAUAUAAGUGACAAUUUUAGUAAAAGUUGAGUUGAUAUA